AUGACUACUACUACUACUACUACUACUACUAGUGCUCACACUAUGACUACUACUACUACUACUACUACUACUACUACUACUACUACUACUACUACUACUACUACUACUACUACUACUACUACUACUAGUGCUCACACUACGACUACUACUACUACUACUACUACUACUACUACUACUACUACUACUACUACUACUACUACUACUACUACUACUAGUGCUCACACUAUGACUACUACUACUACUACUACUACUACUACUACUACUACUACUACUACUACUACUACUAGUGCUCACACUAUGACUACUACUACUACUACUACUACUACUACUACUACUACUACUACUACUACUACUACUAGUGCUCACACUAUGACUACUACUACUACUACUACUACUACUACUACUACUACUACUACUACUACUACCACUACUACUACUACUACUAGUGCUCACACUAUGACUACUACUACUACUACUACUACUACUACUACUACUACUACUACUACUACUACUACUACUACUACUACUACUACUACUAGUGCUCACACUAUGACUACUACUACUACUACUACUACUACUACUACUACUACUACUACUACUACUACUACUACUACUACUACUACUACUACUACUACUACCACUACUACUACUACUACCACUACUACUACUACUACUACUACUACUACUACUACUACUACUACUACUACUACUACUACUACUACUACUAGUGCUCACACUAUGACUACUACUACUACUACUACUACUACUACUACUACUACUACUACUACUACUACUACUACUACUACUACUACUACUAGUGCUCACACUAUGACUACUACUACUCACUGCUUGCAAUACUGUCAGUAA